ACUCGGCAAUGGAGAUAGUAAAAAAAGAGAGAUGAUUAAAAUAAUAAUAAAAAAUUAAGAGGGGUGGAAGCGGAAGUCCCGGAUUCGUCGAAGAGAAUCGAAGAAAUACAAUCACAGAGAUGACACAGAUCCCUCAUCUGCUUCUAUCUCGGAACCCGCAUGAUAUAUAUGUGCAGAAUCCACCACCUCACCUCAAAGAACCCAAAAAAUGGAUUUUUCAGGCAAGGAAAACGAACCCACCGCGGGGAACAGCAGCAAAUCCGCCGCCGCCGCCGCAGGCAGCAAGAGCGCAAGAAAGGCAAUGGCUCAGUACAGUGCUGAUGCCAAGCUAAUGGCCGAUUUUGAGCAGUGUGGGGAGUCAGGUAAGUCUUUCAACUACGCUAGGUCAGUAAACAAUGCGACCCAGAAUGCGUCCGAAGAAGAAAUGGUUGCCUAUCUGUCAAGAAUCCAGAGGGGUGGCCUUAUCCAACCCUUCGGAUGUAUGCUUGCAGUUGAGGAACCCAGCUUCAAGAUUAUUGGGUUCAGUGAGAAUUGCUUUGAUUUGUUGGGUUUGAUGGGUUUUGUUGAUCCUAGGGAUAAGAGGAGUCUGAUUGGGAUUGACGCCAGGACUCUCUUCACCCCCUCUGCUAGGGCUUCUUUGGCAAAAGCCUUGGCUUGUAGGGAGAUUUCUCUGCUGAACCCAAUCUGGGUACAUUCUAGGAGCAACCAAAAGCCCUUUUAUGCUGUGCUCCACAGGAUCGAUGUGGGGAUUGUGAUUGAUUUGGAACCUGCUAGCUCCGGUGAUCAUGCAGUGUUGCUUGCAGGGGCUGUUCAAUCGCAGAAACUCGCUGUCCGUGCGAUUUCUAGGCUUCAGUCUCUCCCCGGGGGAGAUAUUGGGAUGUUGUGUGACACAGUAGUUGAAGACGUACAGAGGCUGACUGGGUACGAUAGGGUGAUGGUUUAUAAGUUCCACGAUGAUGAUCACGGGGAGGUUGUGUCAGAAAUCAGGAGGUCAGAUUUGGUGCCUUAUUUGGGGUUGCACUAUCCUGCAACUGAUAUCCCCCAAGCAGCACGUUUCUUGUUUAAACAGAAUAGGGUUAGGAUGAUCUGUGAUUGCAAUGCGCAACCUGUCAAGAUUUUUCAAGCUGAAGAACUGCAACAGCCUCUAUGUUUGGUUAAUUCAACCCUUAGAUCCCCCCACGGCUGUCAUACCAUUUAUAUGGCUAACAUGGGGUCUAUUGCCUCAUUGGCAAUGGCAGUUGUUAUUAACAGCGGCGAGUCCAUGAAGCUUUGGGGAUUGGUAGUGUGUCACCAUACUACCUCAAGGUAUGUUCCUUUCCCACUUCGCUAUGCGUGUGAGUUCCUCAUGCAAGCAUUCAGCCUCCAGCUUCAUAUGGAACUUCAGUUGGCCAUACAAUUAGCCGAAAAGAAAAUGCUCCGUACCCAGAGCUUGCUAUGUGACAUGCUUCUCCGGGACGCUCCGUUUGGGAUAGUUACACAAUCGCCUAACGUGAUGGACCUGGUUAGGUGUGAUGGGGCUGCACUGUAUUACGGUGGGAAGUGUUGGUUACUUGGUGUGACACCAAACGAGGCACAAGUCAAAGAUAUUGCUGAGUGGCUGUUAAAUACUCACGGGGAUUCAACGGGUUUGAGUACAGAUUGUCUUGCAGAUGCUGGGUACCCUGGGGCAGGGUUAUUAGGUGAUGCAGUUUCAGGAAUGGCCACUGCAAGAAUCAGUUCUUCAAAGGACUUUCUUUUCUGGUUCAGGUCUCAUACUGCUAAGGAAGUGAAAUGGGGAGGGGCUAAGCAUCACCCGGAGCAGAAAGAUGAUGGUGAACGAAUGCACCCUCGGUCUUCAUUCAAUGUGUUUCUUGAAGUGGUGAAAGGGAAAAGUCUGCCUUGGGAAGAUUCUGAAAUUAAUAUCAUUCAUUCGUUACAGCUCAUCCUGAGAGAUUCCCUUCAAGGGGUUGGGGAGAGCUUUGUGAAAAGCAUGUCAUCUUCCCAACAGAGUGAUUCUGAAGGGACAAGGUUUUUUGAACUUAGUUCAAUGGCGCGUGAACUUGUCAGGUUGAUUGAGACAGCUACAGCUCCGAUUUUCGGUGUUGAUUCAUGUGGAGUAAUCAACGGAUGGAAUUCCAAGGUUGCUGAACUAACAGGGUUGGGAGCUGAUGCAGCAAUCGGAAAGCCUCUCAUCGAUUAUGUCACUCAUGAAGAUUCGCGCGAAACUUUUCAAAGUUUUAUGUGUGAAGCUCUACAAGGUGAGGAGGGCAAAAACAUAGAAGUAAAGCUGCUAACAUUUGGGAGUCAUGAAACAGGACAAGCCGUGCACCUUGUAGUGAAUGCAUGCACAAGUAGGGAUUCCCAAAACAACAUUGUCGGGGCAUGUUUUGUGGGUCAAGACAUCACUCCCCAGAUAGUUGUCAUGGACAAGUUUGUCCGGCUGCAAGGGGAUUAUGAGGCCAUUGUACAAAGUCUCAAUCCACUAAUCCCGCCGAUAUUUGCUUGUGACCAGAAUGUGUGCUGCUCCGAAUGGAAUGCUGCCAUGGAACAGUUAACGGGCUGGUCUAAAUCUGAGGUCUUAGGGAAGAGACUGGGGCCGCUCCAAAAACCUCCCUACACAGUUGAAUCCCCAGUUCUACGUGAUUGUUUCUGCUUCUUGCAAAUAUCCACAAGAAGAGAUGCCGAAAAUGAUGACAGAGAAUGUGCGAUGUCACUUAAAGAGUUCACAUACAUCCGACAGCAGAUGAAGAAUCCCUUAAAUGGAAUCCGUUUCACCCACAAGCUCCUUGUAGAUACAGUUACUUCAGAUGUUCAGAAACAGUAUCUGGAAGCAAGUGCAGCUUGCGAAAGACAGAUAAUGUCUAUAAUCGAGGACAUAGAGUAUGGAGGCAUAAUAGAGGGGAAAGUGGAGCUGAAGACAGAAGAAUUUGUUGUAGGGAACGUUAUCGAUGCAGUGGUUACCCAAGCUAUGAUUCCACUGGAGGAGAAGAAUUUAAAGUUACUUCAUGAUGUCCCUGACCGGAUCAGAUCCCUCACCCUAUACGGAGAUCAAAUUAAGCUUCAGCUCGUUCUCUCGGAUUUCUUGCUCAGUGUAGUGAAUCACUCACCUUCUUCGGAUGGUUGGGUGGAAAUCCGGGUGAUCCCUGGGUUGAAGCUGAUGCAAGAUGGGAAUGCAUUCAUCUGUGUCCAGUUCAGAAUGAUUCAUCCCGGGCAAGGCCUUCCGGCGGCUCUUGUUGAGGACAUGUCAAGAGGAAGUAGGAGCAGGUUGGCAACGCAAGAAGGGAUGGCUUUGCAUUUGUCAAUGAAACUGGUGGGGAUGAUGAAUGGCCACGUUCGCUACAUCAGAGAACCACACAAGUGCUACUUUGUAGUUGACAUCAAUUUCCGAACGCAGAAGCCGAGUUUGAGGGCAUCAAGUAUGGACACAAGCAGCACGACGUGAUUCUACCCCCGCGACACUUUUUUUUUCUUUUGGCUUCCAAUUUUUAACACGGUGCAUAUUUUCAAUAUACCGUUUUCUUCUUCGAUUUGAUAAUUCUUACACUUGGGGUGAUUGAUUCUUGUUAAGGUUCUCCUUGAAUGCCAUCAUGAUGAAGAAAAAUGGUGUAAUGAGUGGUGUGUAUAUAUGCCCCUUUUGGAUUUGGUCAUAU